AUGUUCAAAGUAUUUAAAGGGAGCGGAAUCGAGUCGAGUUAUUCCGUCUCGGCAAAUCCGCUGUUUGUUUCCAACAACACAUGGACGAUCUAUCCGGCCAAGCACCGCACGACCAAGAAGAAGGUUUCGGUCUGGCAGUUCAGCAAGAAGGACCUGGAGGCCCGUCUCCAGGCCAACGGGGUUCUGAACAGGACGAACCGCACAAUGCUCAUGGACGAUAUCUGCACUGUGCUGAGCAACUACGUCGGCAACCUGUCCAAGUUCAAGCACCCGAACUUUUUGACGGUGAUUGAGCCUCUGGAACACCACAAGAACAAGAUGCUGUUCGUCACAGAGUACGUGGUUGACGAUCUGGCGACGCUCAACAAGUCCGAUCUGGACGAAAUCAUCAUCACCAAAGGCCUCUUGCAAAUAGCCUCGGGACUCAAGUUUCUCCACCAGAGCGUCCACACUGUCCACAUGAACCUGACACCCAGCUCUGUCUUCGUGACGGAGAACUUUGACUGGAAAAUAUCCGGGAUGCAGUUUAUUGAGGUGCUGGAGAAUGCAGUGCAGGAGAAGUAUGUCGAUCCGCUGGACUCGCGGCUUCCGUCGUUCAUGAGCAUUGAGUUUCAGUACUCGUCGCCAAACUUGCUACUCAAACACAACGUUGAUUACAUCAACGAUCUUUUUUCUGUUGGUUGUCUAAUUUUCUACCUGUUCAACGACGGACGGUCUCUGCUGGAAUGCUCGAACUCGAGCCUGUUGGAGUACGAGCGGUCGUUUAACAAGCUUAAACAGAUCCUGGGCUCCGCGAACUUACACAACCACGCAAGCUUCAACAGCAUUCCCAGAAACUACAUCGACAUCUUUAUCCGUCUGCUGAAAGAAACCCAGGAGUCAAACAAGGACGUGCUCGUGUUGCAGACGCCGCUCACUGUUGAUGACCUGCUGGCGUCCAAGAUCUUCAACAACGACCUCAUUCGGAUCCUCAAUGUUAUAGACGAAUUCCCGACACUCUCGCAGCAGGAGAAGAUCGAGUACCUUGCGAAUCUGACGAAGGACCUCUCCAGCUUCCCGCGCGCUCUCCUCAUCAACAAGUUCAUUCCCUUGCUGUCUGGUCUGAUCACCCCGUUGCUUUCUGCCAAGAGAGUGAGCGAAGACGACCAGAAAAUCAUUAUUCUCGCCUCGCAGAACCUGCUCAUCCUCAGCAACCAACUCUCGCAGCUCACCUUCAGCGACAAGAUCUUCCCGCUGCUCAACAGAAUCCUAAACGAGCAGAACAUGCCUGGCUACGAUCUUUUGCUGGUCUCGAACAUUGACACCGUCAGGACGAAACUCGGCGCAAACGAGAACGAUCUCGGGUCCAAACACACACAGCUGUUCCAGAAACUGCUCAGCAAACUCUUUGAAAAGUCUGUGGUUGCCAGCAAUGACCCCAGCACCGUCCAGCUGCAGGAGAAAGUGCUCACCAGUCUGGCCGUCUUCCUCAACUACCAAACAUACUCCGCCAUUACUACGCAGAUAUUUCCGGCGGUUUGCCAGCUGUUCAGCACAACAAGCUCGCUGAAAAUCAAGAACCUCACCAUCAACGCGUUCAUACUUAUGAUCAGCGGGAUGAACGAUAAGAACUUAGACAACUACAUCAUCGUCGAGAAGCUGCUGCCCCUGGUACAGAACACGCAAGCCUCGAACUUCAAGAACGCAAACUUGCUGAUGAACAUGGUGCGGUUAUACGAAAGCUUAUUUCAUAAGCUCAACAGGUCGCCGCCAACCAUCUCUGUCGCGAAACAAGAGGUUGACGUGUCGGAGCUGAUCCGUGACUCGAUUUUUUUCCAGCUCUGGAAGCUCACUAAUUUUGUGUCCAGAAAAAGCGACCUCGACGGCAUAUUCCGCAUCAUCGGGGAGAUAGAGACGUAUCUAAGAAACUCCGUCACUGCGAAGCUCAAGGAGACAAACGCAGACUCGUCUCCACUGCCUGCCGUUGUCAACUCUGCUGCCUCUGCUACCGCAGCUGCCAAUCCCUUAGAGGACUUCGAGGACUUCCAGGCUGCUCCGUCCAAGUCGGCGCCGCUGCGCCUCAAGCCUACCAAGCAGUACGCCCUGCCGGUCGCCCCGGCUGCCCCGGCUGCCCAGGCAGCAGCCCCUGACAUCCUGUCGUUCGGAGCAGCUAGCGCGCAACCGCAAACUGUGCACAGCCAGCAGACGUUGGCCGUCAUGCAGCCGAUGAAGGCGACGCGGGUGUCUUCGCCGCAGCCAACGCCGCCCGCAAUCGACUGGAACAAGACGAUGGCGCCCAAGCUGCGCACCGCGACACCGGCCUACGACUCUCUGAUAUAA